AUGGCGACAUUUUUUAACAACCAAUGGUUCGGUGCUGUUGUUACAGCGUGUGUGAUCUGUCCAGUCUUGUGCAGCAACAUCCUAAUUUUGCCUGGUCCCUCGGCCGGGAAUUUCUACAUUACCAUUUCGAGAUUUGGAGAACUCUUGGCCAUGAAAGGUCACAACGUAACCGUUUUGAUAAAUGAUCUCUUCUACCACAGAUUUGCAGGGUUGAUCAAACAACAACGAACAUUUAUGAAUUUUGAAGAGUAUGAAUGCGGCUUCAAUGAAUUUCCCGAUGCAUACAACCAAGUCACAAAAAGUACACAUACUGCACCAACUAUUUUUGAUACGCUUCGCGUUUUUGAAGCUUUUGCAGAUGAGACAGAGGCUUUUAUUCAAGACAGUAACAUCGUAGAACGCUUGAAUGCGGCGAACUUUGAUCUAAUUGUUGCCAAUGUCUUCAACCCAGGCUACGCUAUUAUUGUUGAUAUAUUGCAUGUACCAAUCAUCGGUGUCUCCACUGCAAGACCGUUACCGAUGAUAGACGAUUUAAUUCAUGGUUUGAUGUCAAACCCGGCAUAUGUACCAGCGGUAACGACGGGAUACUCAGAUAAGAUGACGUUUCCUCAGAGACUGAAAAAUGUAUUUGCAUACCUUGCAUCGGCUGCAAUACUUGAGUUUGUUUUGUUAAAACCAUUCAAAAUUGUACAACAAAGGCAUAACAUUCGACCAGAGCUUCCAUACAGGAGUUUAUGUGGAAAUUCGGAGUUAGUACUUUUCUGUUCUGAUUUUGCAUUUGAUUAUCCCCGGCCUAUGAUGCCUCACGGUAUUUACAUUGGGUCAUUGACAGCAAGAACCCCGGACCCUCUCAGUCAG